AUGAUUACAUUUCAUGGUUUGCGCGGGCUGUGUAAAAAAGUCAAGACUGCGCCUGGAAAGGUCCUGCUGUCUCGAUCGCAGAUUGGCGAUGCAGAAGCACAGGCGGUUGCCAAAGCUCUCAAAUUCACAGCGACAACGACUUAUGUCGAUCUGAGUGAGAAUCACAUAAGCUGUGCAGGUGCACUGGCGAUUGUGGAAGCACUUAAAAUGAACACGAGACUGAAAUUUCUCGAUCUGAGUGAUAAUCGGAUUGGCGAUGCUGGAGCGCAGGCGAUUGCUGAAGCACUCACAGUGAACAAGACGUUGAGUGGCAUCCAUCUGAGCAACGAUCAGAUUAGCAAUGCAGGCGCGACCGCACUCGCCGAAGCACUCAAAGUGAACGAGACGCUGACCAACCUCCAUCUGGUGAAGAAUCACAUUGGCGAUGCUGGAGCGCAGGCGCUUGGUGAGGCACUCGAAGUGAACACGACGCUGACUUGGCUCAAGUUGGACCAGAAUCAGAUUGGCGAUGCUGGAGCGCAGGCCAUUGCUGAGGUGGUCCAAGUGAACAGGACGGUGGCUGGGCUCGAUUUGAAUCAAAACCAGAUCGGCGAUGCCGGUGUGCAGGCGAUUGCUGAGGCACUCAAAGUGAACACGACGUUGAAAGAGCUCCUUCUGAGCGACAAUCAGAUUGGCAAUGCAGGCGCGACCGCACUUGCCGAAGCACUCAAAGUGAACACAGCGAUGAGGAAGUUUGCUCUGUUGAAUAAUCAGAUUGGCGAUGCUGGAGCGCAGGCGCUUGCUGAAGCACUCAAGGUGAACAAGACGCUGACUGAACUCUGGUUGAACUUUAAUCAGAUUGGCGAUGUUGGAGCGCAGGCGAUUGCUGAGGCACUCAGAGUGAACAAAACGUUGACUCAGCUCGUUCUGUUUUCUAAUUGCAUUGGCAAGCUUGGUUCUCAAGCGAUCGAUGCGGCAUGCGCAGGCAACCGCAGAUGUCUGGUUGGCCUCAACACCCAGAUCAGCCCUUUUGCGUUCUCUUUAUUUCCACGAUUGGCGAGUGGUGAAGACAGUCAAGCCGUGUUCCGCAUGCUGACUGGCGGGUUAGAGAAUCAGCCCGCAUCUCUUCCAGCACUACCAACCGAAAUUGCCGAACUCAUUAUGGACGAGGCGCGUUAUUGGCAAGGCGCGCAGCACACCAAACGGAACCGUUUUCAUGUCGAUACCUCCGACGGCGUUCUGACAGUCACUGUGCCUCGGAGUAUGGAUGGAAAUUCGAUCCGUGUGAAAGCAAUUCAAGUGCUUCGUGACUGGACAUCUAGUUUCUACAACUCCGACGACUGUGCUUUCGGUUUGACUGUCCGAGAUGAACAAGGUGAUGUUCAGUACGAGUGUGCUGUGCACCCGACUCUCGUCGAGUCGAACCUUGCGCGUGCGACAAUCUGGCCAACGAGCCAUCCUAUCCUCCGACAAAUGCGCGAGGGUUGGCAAGUUCAAAUUCGAUUCACCAGGGACAAUUUGCAAAUCCAAUGGCUAUGUGUCGAGUAUGUCGACCUAGAUCUACAGUGAUCACAAAGCGCCUCAAAGCGCGCCCUACUGUCGACCAAUACAUUUAAAGUUUUCUCAGCAA